GUCGCGGAGCCGGUAGCAGGAGCCGGCGGCGGAGCCAUGGCGGGAGCCCCGCAGGAGAACACGCUGCUCCACCUCUUCGCGGGGGGGAUUGGGGCCCAAUUCAAAACCUCCCCUGCUUCGCAGAUUCCAAAAGGAAACAGCCAGCAAAGCCCUCUUGAAAAGCCUGCUGGAAAAGAUUGGGUUUGCAGUAUGCCCUGAAGGUCAACCAGCUCAAGCUAUUUCAGACCAAAGGUGUGGGGCAGAUUCCAAAGAUGAGGAAGAUACAAGGAGUCCUCAUGGAGAACCUUCCUGGCUGCUCUCAGUUACAUCCAAAGUUGCUCUAGUUUGAUCGCUGCCAAUGUGUUAAGUUGCAUCACUGCAUCUGCAAGAGGUGUUUCAAACAGGUGGCAACCGUUUGUGUCAAGGACAAGAUUUUCUUGACCCUUGUGCGGGGGUACAGUUGGUGCCAUUGUUACCUGUCCCUUAGAAGUAAUAAAGACCAGGCUCCAGUCUUCAAGGCUAGCUUUCCGGACUGUCUACUAUCCUCAAGUCCAGCUGGGGACGAUCAGUGGGGAAGGAAUGGUCAGGCCGACAUCUGUAUCACCCGGACUUCUCCGGGUUCUAAAGUCAAUUUUGGAAAAAGAAGGACCAAGGUCGCUCUUCCGAGGAUUGGGUCCAAACUUGGUUGGAGUGGCACCAUCAAGGGCGGUCUACUUUGCAUGCUACUCCAAAGCCAAGGAGCGAUUUAAUGGCACUUUUGUGCCCAACAGCAACAUUGUGCACAUUUGCUCAGCAGGCUCUGCAGCUUUUGUCACAAAUUCCCUGAUGAACCCUAUAUGGAUGGUGAAAACCAGAAUGCAGCUGGAACGGAAAGUCAGGGGUUCAAAGCCGAUGAAUGCUUGGCAGUGUGCUAGAUACGUUUACCAGACAGAAGGGGUCCGUGGUUUUUACAGAGGCUUGACGGCCUCCUAUGCUGGGAUUUCGGAGACCAUUAUCUGCUUUGCUAUUUAUGAAAGUUUAAAGAAGCACCUGAAGGAUGUCCAGCUGCCCCCUUCCCCUACUAAUGGGACCAAGAGGAACUCCACAAACUUUUUUGGACUGAUGUUUGCUGCUGCUGUUUCUAAGGGCUGUGCCUCCUGUAUUGCUUAUCCGCAUGAGGUCAUACGGACAAGACUGCGAGAGGAAGGCACAAAAUACAAGACUUUCUUUCAGACGGCUCGUCUGGUAGCACGUGAGGAAGGCUACCUGGCUUUCUAUAGAGGACUCUUUGCGCAGCUCAUCAGGCAGAUACCAAACACAGCCAUUGUGUUGUCCACCUAUGAGCUAAUUGUGUACCUGUUGGAAGACCGCACUAAGUAGCAGAGCCAGGGAACAUCCUUUGGAAAAUAAAAACUGACUUGAGCAAAUAGCCAUUUAAGAGACUGAUACAGGUGAUGAAGAUGGAAAAUAGCUAUGAGUCUCUGAUCACCUGCUGGACACUUUUUUCCUUUUGGAUUCAUGCUUUCUGGAAGGGUUCAACUCAUUAACGUUAAUAGUUAAUUAAACUUUUUAACUUAAGGAGAGAUGAUUCAGAAUUAAACUGCUACUAAAUUAAAUCAUGCAUUUAAUUUAUGUAUGUUUUGUUUGUCCUUUUCUUUAAGCACAGGUAUAUGUGGCAUAUAUGUACCUGUGCUAUUGAGAUGUCUCUUGGAUUGAUAGUCAUUAAAACUGUAUUGAAGUGG